CCAACAUCAAUCCAAACAAAUAGUUCCUAGGUGUUGAGGGGGAAGCGGUUUCACAUCAAGAUGAAAAGAAAACAGUGUAAACUUCGACAAAUCUAAAAAACAAACAAAAAAACGAGUUUAUGUUUUUUACUUUUAAACAAAACGUGUUACAAGUGUGAUGUAUGACUUUUUUUUUUAACCCCUGAAAAUCGACGCGCUUUGAAAUACUGAAGUAUGUUUUAGUUUCACUUUUGUGAGGCAGUAAAACAGGAAAUAAACAGGAAUUGUCUGAAGAAGUGCUGAUACUGCAGGUGUAAUGACAAAGCCGUGAUGGAGAAGAUGAGUGAGGAGAGCUCGCUUCACCACUCCACCACCCUCACUAACAAACAGCGCGGGAACGAGCUCACAGUCCGACCCGCCACUCUGGACCAUUUGUCCGUUCAUCAGCUGGCCGCUCAUGGGGAAAUCUCAAAAGUGAAGACACAUGUUGCCAGUGACCGUGCCCUACUGAACAGUCAGGAUGAGCGGGGAUUCACACCACUUAUGUGGGCAGCAGCAUUUGGAGAGAUUGAAAUGGUCCAGUUUCUACUAGAGAAGGGCGCCGAUCCAAAAAUCUUCGCACGGGAGCGAGAGUGCGCGUUAUCCUUAGCCAGUGCUGGGGGAUAUGCAGACAUCGUCGAGAUGCUUUUAAAACAUGACCUUGACAUCGAUUCCUAUGAUUGGAAUGGAGGUACUCCUCUUCUUUAUGCAGUUCGUGGCAAUCAUAUAAAAUGUGUGCAAGCUCUGUUAAGACAUGGAGCUGAUAUUACAUUCGAAGCAGACUCUGGAUACAGUCCAGUGGCACUUUCCAUUGCGCUUGGCUACAAAAAAAUGCAAAAGCUGCUUGAGGAUCACAUACUGCACCUGCUUCGAUGAUCACAUGACUAUAUUUAAGUCACAAUUCUCUUUUUGAAAGCCUCUCUUUGUGUACCUUUCUAAUAAAAUGUCACUAUAAACCUGG